AUGCCGCGGUUUGAUAAGUCGAGUAGACGACAAAGCAUCGUCUCGCUAAGGCAAAAGAAAAAGUCGCUGGCUGACACAGUCAAUGAGCAGCUGAACUGUUCCGCCCUCGGCGGUGGCGAUGCCGGAGGUGCGUACCACGACGACGACGGAUACAUAGACGGUGGUGUCGCGGAGGACUACGAGUACGACGAUGUCGACUCGAAUGGCUUUGGCGGCGAUGAUGACGCAGAGUGGGCCAGUUGCGGGAGGACCCUAACAUCUGCCGCCAAGAAGCCGACAAAGGAAUCUACAAAGAAGCUGUCGUCCUCUGCUUCUUCGUCGCGGCUGCGCCACCGUGGACCACUUGACCUCAGCCUUAGCGAAGGCAAGUACGCCGCGACGCGGGUGAACGUCGAGGCCGCCAUGGACGACAUCUUCGGCACGCUCGACAUGGGAGACAUGGACGCAGAAGGCGAAGAGCUUUACGAAGACACGGUAGAUGCAGAAAGGGAAGAAGGUAACGGCGAUGCCGAGAAUGGUGUCAGUGAGGUGCACGGUGGACACGAUGCCGUGUCAAAGAAGGACGCUGUCGGUCGCAAGCACCGCCGGGCGAAGGACUUGACAGAGGAGGAGUACACAGCGUGGCUGGAGAACAAAAAUAGAAAACGCAGGAAGACGAACCAGCUGCGGUGGCCAAUCUCCUUUGGUGGUGGCGAAAGCGGGGUCGGCGACGCUGUGCUGAACAGCGAGGAGGCGGAUAUCCUCCGUCAGCUCAGCGAGCUUCGACAGACACAGAUGAGCCUCGUGCCCGCUAUAGACGCGACGCACGCCGGCACCUCCAGCGCUGCCGCCGUCGUGGCCUCCGCGCAAGCGGAUGCGAAGCAGACUAGAGACGUGGUACAGCACUUCAUCAUGGCCUACGGACAGCUGCUGCGCCUGCGCGUGUUGCUCCAGCCAGCACUCACCAAAGCCAUCGGUAUGCCGCAGUAUUACGCUCUCCCGCUAUUCGUAGACGGCGAUACCGACGUCGAUGCUGCAGCGGCGGCCUCCAACAGUGACGGUGAAGCCGAGAUUCAGGAGAUGCGUGCGGACGUAUCUAGGCACUACGCGGAGCUGCAGGACGAUGUGGAGCAAGUCCUUGCUACCCUGUACGCCGCAGCGACGGGUAGCGAACGCAUUGACAGCAGCCGCGAUAUGCAUAAGUCCUCCUCGGCAAGUAAGUCGAAGAAGGCGAAGACGGAAGGCGGUCUGUCGAUCCCGUCGUAUCGCGAGGUGGAGCGCUAUCAUGAGCGCGUGCUGCGGCACGCCAACACGUGCCUCGAGUACUGGGGCAGCAAGCUGGUGCAGGCAAACAGCGCCAAACUCAAAGCAAUCGCGCAGCCACUACCGCAGCAGAUCGCUGCCAUCUUGUCCGCCAAGUCGCGCUUACGCUCCAAAGUGCAGAAGAACCGCUCGCACAUUGCCGUUAUGGCCCACCCCGAGCACGUGCGGGCAGCAACGUCGGCGGACGUAAAGGCUCAGCGCGCGCUGCACAUCGCCGAGGGCGACGUCGACAGCGAAAUCUACGAUGACGCCGACUUUCUGCGGGAACUGGUGCGCCGCGGUGGUGCAGUGGCGAGUCAGCUGGAGAAGAAAGUGAAGGAGAUGCAAAAGUCGUUGCUGCCGUCGCGUGAAGGGGCGCGCAAAGGCUUUCAUCGGAUGACGAAGGGCAAGGCCGUUAACUACGAGCCACGGCCGAAGCUGGUCGCCUUCAUGAUACCCGAGUCCCUUGAUGAUUCGCAGCGCAGCGACGUCGUCGUGAAAAAUCUCUUUCAGUAA